UUCAGAAAGAGAAAGAGGGAGUGGAGAGAGGAGAGCAAAGUAGUUGUUUUUCUUUCUCCAUGCGGCUCACACAGAGAAAGACUUGUCUCGCUAAAAGAGAGGGAAGAUAUUUUUAGGUUUUCUUCUGUUCAUUUUAUCACCGUGGAUCAUACGGAAUACAAACAUUCUUAACCUGGGAUUUUCUUCAAUCUGAAUUCAACUGUAAAACAGAUUUAAUCUCAGACUGAUUGUUCGGACAGGACUAGUUUUAUUUGGAUCCUACUAGUUGUCUGGUGUGGAUAUAAUAUCAGUCUGUCUUUGAGAUGGAGUCCAGAACUGUUCUACUUAUUCUGGGUCUUCAUUUCACUCUACUGGGGAACUUAAAUGCCAUAGAUUGCAGCCUGGGCUUCAUAGCCAAUCGGAGACAAUGUGUUGAUGCAGAUGAGUGUACAGAGGGGGACAGUGCCACACCCUGUGGAAGUAAUGCCACGUGUUACAACACAAUCGGAAGCUUCUACUGUCAGUGUCUACCUGGUUUCAAAUUCAAAACGACUUUCAACUUUACCCUUUCUGGACAGUGUAUUGACCACAAUGAGUGCUUGGAGAAACCACAGGUUUGUGGCAGCAACACCACUUGCCUCAACACCAUCGGGAGCUUCCGCUGCCAGUGUCAACCUGGGUUCAGAUCUAACAUAACCAACGUCACUAGACACUGUGAGGACAUAGAUGAGUGUAAUGUAACCACUGGUAUCUGUGGAGUGGGCGGGGACUGCCAGAACCAGAAAGGAAGCUACAGUUGCCUCUGUCACCCUGGAUACAGUAACUACGGCAACAAACAGGCUCAGUGCUCAGACAUAGAUGAGUGUAAUGUAACCGCUGGUAUCUGUGGAGUGGGCGGGGACUGCCAGAACCAGAAAGGAAGCUACAGUUGCCUCUGUCACCCUGGAUACAGUAACUACGGCAACAAACAGGCUCAGUGCUCAGACAUAGAUGAGUGUAAUGUAACCGCUAGUAUCUGUGGAGUGGACGGGGACUGCCAGAACCAGAAAGGAAGCUACAGUUGCCUCUGUCACCCUGGAUACAGUAACUACGGCAACAAACAGGCUCAGUGCUCAGACAUAGAUGAGUGUAAUGUAACCGCAGGUAUCUGUGGAGUGGGCGGGGACUGCCAGAACCAGAAAGGAAGCUACAGUUGCCUCUGUCACCCUGGAUACAGUAACUACGGCAACAAACAGGCUCAGUGCUCAGACAUAGAUGAGUGUAAUGUAACCGCAGGUAUCUGUGGAGUGGGCGGGGACUGCCAGAACCAGAAAGGAAGCUACAGUUGCCUCUGUCACCCUGGAUACAGUAACUACGGCAACAAACAGGCUCAGUGCUCAGACAUAGAUGAGUGUAAUGUAACCGCUGGUAUCUGUGGAGUGGGCGGGGACUGCCAGAACCAGAAAGGAAGCUACAGUUGCCUCUGUCACCCUGGAUACAGUAACUACGGCAACAAACAGGCACAGUGCUCAGACAUAGAUGAGUGUAAUGUAACCGCUGGUAUCUGUGGAGUGGGCGGGGACUGCCAGAACCAGAAAGGAAGCUACAGUUGCCUCUGUCACCCUGGAUACAGUAACUACGGCAACAAACAGGCUCAGUGCUCAGACAUAGAUGAGUGUAAUGUAACCGCUGGUAUCUGUGGAGUGGGCGGGGACUGCCAGAACCAGAAAGGAAGCUACAGUUGCCUCUGUCACCCUGGAUACAGUAACUACGGCAACAAACAGGCUCAGUGCUCAGACAUAGAUGAGUGUAAUGUAACCGCUGGUAUCUGUGGAGUGAACGGGACCUGUGAGAACCAGAAAGGAAGCUACAGUUGUCUCUGCCACCCUGGACACAGUAACUAUGGCAACAAACAGGUUAGGUGCUCAGUACUGACCUGUGACCAGUUCAAAGCGGAUGAGACUCCUGGACAGACUGUCCCAGGUUUAGCUGGUCUCCUGUCUCUGAUGAGGAACAACUGUCUGGCGUUGAGUAACUCUGGGGACGCAGCUGGAGGGAGACUGACUGGAGAGGUGUUACUGGAGAAUGUCUUCACAGAGAUAAACGGCCUCAUGUCUCACGGUAUCCUAAGCAACAGGGAGGUGAGUGGGUUGCUAGGUGCCGUGGAGGAUGCCUUGAGCCUCAUCGGGCCACAGCUUAGAGACAAUCAAACCACCAUGGAGACAGACCAUACAGAGGCGGAGCUUGCAGUUAGGAGGGGACAGACUCCGCCCACUGGGCCAAUCAGCCUGGCCAAUGACAACACUCGACUGGACAUCAGCUGGGAGACAGCCACCGGCAACGUGACGUACCCAGGUUUCGCUCUGGCUGGGUUGGUGUGUUACAAGACACUGGAGAGAUCUGUCAACAACUCCUUCCAGUACCUCACUGACACAGACACAGACACAGCAACCGCCGCGGCGUCAAAGCCUAGCUACCAGAUCAGUUCCAAGGUGGUAACAGCUCUCGUCAGUAAUCCAGCAACAGACCACCUCGCCCAGCCUGUCAUCCUCACCUUCAAACAUCUACAGGAGAGGGCAGAGUCAGCAGAGAUGAACUAUACCUGUGUGUUCUGGUCGGAGGGGCUUGUCCAGGAAGAGGGAGGGGUGUGGUCAAGGCGUGGCUGUACCAAAGUAACAUCUAAUGCUACUCACACCGUGUGUUCCUGUACCCACCUUAGCAGCUUCGCUGUUCUCAUGGCUCUCUACCCUGUACAGAACACCUUUGAGCUGCGUCUGUUGACGUGGCUGGGUCUGUCGGUGUCUGUGGUGUGUCUGUUGCUGUGCAUCCUGACCUUCUGGCUGUGUCGGUCCAUCCAGGGGACACGCACAACCAUCCACCUCCACCUCUGUGUCUGCCUCUUCAUCGCUGAUCUCGUCUUCCUCACCGGUAUCUCUCACACACAGAGCAAGGGAGGUUGUGGGGUUGUAGCAGGUCUCCUCCACCUGUUCUUCCUGGGAUCCUUCAGUUGGAUGUUGUUAGAGGGGGUUCUGCUCUAUCGCAUGGUGGUCCUGGUCUUCAAUGCUACCAUAAGACCUCUGUACCUGUAUGCUGUGGGAUAUGGACUGCCACUGGCUAUAGUCAUCAUCUCUGCUAUCACCUACCCAGAUGGAUACGGUACCACACAACACUGUUGGUUGUCUCUGGAGAGAGGAUUAAUCUGGAGUUUCCUCGGCCCAGUGUGCACCAUCAUCAUCCUCAACGCUUUCUUCUUCCUCAUUACUGUCUGGAGGCUGGCCCAGAAGUUCUCUAGUCUCAACCCUGACCUCUCCAACCUACACAAGAUCAAGGUGUUCACAGUGACAGCAGUGGCCCAGCUGUGUGUGUUGGGUACUAUGUGGAUAUUUGGAAUGUUCCAGUUCCAAGAGGAGGGGACAGUGGUCAUGACAUAUCUCUUCACCAUCCUCAACUCUCUACAGGGAGCUCUGCUGUUCAUCAUGCACUGCCUACUGAACAAAACGGUGAGAGAGGAGUAUUGCACGCUCCUGUCCUGUAUCUGCACACCACAGAAGAAGAGAUACUCAGAAUUCAGCACAACCAAUCCUUCCUCCAGCCACUCCCAGGGGUCAGGGAGUGCCCAGGGAGUCGCAGAUAUGAUGACAUCACCAAUCCCCCACAAUGCACCUCUUUACUCCCCCUCCCUUUCCAGGCCUGGUCAGUAGAAAAUGUGCCCUACUAGCCCGGCUGGUUAGUAAAAAUGUGCCCUAUCUAGAACCUAAAAGGGUUCUUCGGCUGUCCCCAUAGGAGAACCCUUUGAAGAACCCU